AUGACGCACGACUACCCAGGUAUCAAUGUUGACUUGCGCCAUUAUCAUACUGGGCUGGCUGCGAAGUCAUACCCCAUUGGCGCCCAUGGCAACUGCGCGGGCGCCGAAUCGGAGCAUUUGCCUGUCCGCGAAGUAUUCAUGAUGGUAUUGAUGGACCGGUUGUCUGACAAGCCUAACUGGGACAAGAAGGUCUUCGAUGAGGAAAUAGUCGUCAAGUCGCGGACGGGGGCAUUGGAGCAGCCGGAGGAUAAGCUAUAUGCACAGCUGGUUGAGAGUAAAUCGGGUGGAGUCAAAGUCCCAUGCCACGCGCACGCAUGA